AGGGGAAAAAGUAUUUCAGGCAAAAAGAUCCUCGGGAUUGAAAUCUUGAAGAUCCCAUGCUGAAGAGAAGAGAAGAGAAUUGCAAUCGUAUUCAAUAAUGAAAACCCGAUACGGAUGAGCUGAGGCCUGAACCUGAUUGACUGAGACGCUGAUUCUGUUUGGCUUCUUCUUCUUCUUUUCUCUGAACCUGGAACGUAUCUCUGUUCGCUACUGUGUACUGGGGUAGACGAGGAUUGCGUUGAUUCUUUUUCGUCCUCUUCUUCUCUUCACACCAUUCGCAUGGACAUGCACUCUAAAUCCAAGCGAGGCAUUGUAAAUCUCUAUUUUUCUUUCAAGAAGUUCAUUCCAGUUUCCUCCCCCAGGAGAAUUUUACGCGGAGGCGAUUCUUUUCUAUUCCAGGUUGCUCGUCGCGUACCCAUUCAGUUCGGUUGAUUUUUGUAGAAGAAAAUGGGCAGUUCAUUCGAUUUACAGAUUUUUGAGGAUAGGUUAACCAAGCUCAAUCAUUCACAGCAAAGCAUUGAGACUUUGUCACAUUGGUGCAUUUUCCAUAUGAGUAAGGCAAAGCAGGUCAUAGAAACAUGGGAUAAAAAAUUCCAUUCUUCCCGACGGGAGCAACGGUUGCCAUUCCUCUAUCUGGCCAAUGAUAUUCUGCAAAAUAGCAGGCGGAAGGGAUUAGAGUUUGCUUCCGAGUUUAGGAAAGUUCUCCCAGGUGCACUUCGUGAUGUAAUGAAGAAUGGUGAUGAGUCUGGAAGAAAUGCUGUUUUACGGCUGAUUGGCAUUUGGGAAGAAAGGAAGGUCUUUGUCUCCAAAGGACAAAGUCUUAAGGAAGAACUUUUGGGAAGACAACCAGACAAUAGUAACAGAAAUUUGAUAAGUUCAUCGUUCAAACUGAAGCCUACCACUAGAAAUGGCUUGGAGAAGAUUGUAUCAGGUUAUGAAGCCGUUUAUAGAGGACCAAUAGAUGAAGAUGGUUUAUUGAGGAAAUGCAGCAAAGCUAUUAGCUGUAUGGAGAAAGUAAAUAAAAAGAUUAGGGUUGAGACUGAUUCAGAAAAACUGAAUGGAUCUAGCAUCGAUAAGGAGUUUGAAGUACAUCAUGCUGUACUAAGAGAUUGUAUUGAACAGCUCACAGAAGUUGAAUCAUCAAGAGCAGAUCUCAUGUCUAGCCUGAGGGAAGCUCUUCAGGAGCAGGAAUUGAAGAUCGAGCAAGUUCGCCGCCAAAUUAAGGUUGCUCGUUCCCUAUCAGAACAAACAGAUGUCAUGAAGCAUAAUAUCAUCAAUGCACAAACAGCUAUGCCACCGCCCCCACCUUCAUCUCCUCCUCCGGUGCAACCAUCGCCGCCUCCAUCACCCCCACCACCACCACCCAUGCAUUCUUAUCCAGUUCCCCAUUUGAUGCAGACUGCCGCUCCAGUCAAUUUCUCAUAUUUCUAUGGCCAAGUCCAACCCUCCUCCCUCCAGCCACCCAACUAUCCAAUAAGCCAUGGCGCUCAUCAAGUAGCUAACGCUGCUGCAGUUUCAAGUUAUUCAGACUCUACUACGGUCACCCCUCCACCAAAUGUUGUAUAUCAAGGACCCCAAGUUGGAUUUUAUGGGCUGCCCGCCAAUGGAACCCGUAAUUUCUAGGCUGUAGGAUGGUUUAUUUAUAGUUUGAUAAUUUAGAGGGGGAGUUAAAACCUGAAAUAGAAUUGUGUCCUGUUGUUUUAAACUUUGGAUGGAAGAGUCUAGAGUAGUAGUAAAUGCUUGUACUAUAAAUUACAUGAUAAAUUCUAUAAAAGAAUAUAUAUUUACUCAUUUCUGGUUUUGGUCCUCUAGUCUAGAGUAGAAAAAGGUAGUCAAUAUAGAAGAAGAAGAAUACAGUAAAUAGAACGUCAGCUCUCUUUUACUUUACCGGGAAGAUCGACAAA